UUUCCUGAGCUGAGGAUGGAGUGAGCAGCAGCUGUAUGAGUGAGUAACAACAGCAGGCAGACGGAGGCCGGUCGUGUACGAACAGAGAGAGGAUGAUAUCUUAAUUGCAGGUUUCUAUAACUGUCUCCCGACCAGACUGGAGCUUUAAAUCUUUUCUAGGUAUUUGCUUUAGAAAAACCAACAGUUUUUCUUCACUGGUUUGGUUGUGGUUGUUUGUUUUUGUUGAGAAGAACUCUGAAAUAUUUUGAAGAAAAAUCCAGACUUGAUCGUCAUUUUUAAAGAAUUUUUGGAGGAUUUUUUUCACAAAUGUCUGUUUAGCCCUUAGACAGAUUAUUAUUAUUUCACUUCAUCAUGCUGCUGGCUCUGCUUCUGGUUCUGAGCCUCCACUCUGAGGCUCGCUCCUCCGAGCUGUCAUCAAUCACCAUGCAGUACCGGGUUUGGGAGGAGCAGCCUGCGGGAACCCAGGUUGGCCGGCUGGUGGACGACCUCCGGCAAAGGGACGAAGGCGGUCCUUUGGAGGAUUUCCAGGUGGUGGAGCAUGAAAAAGCUCUUCCCUUCUCCGUCAGCACUCGAGAUGGAGUUGUCUCCACCCAGGGCAGGUUGGACAGGGAGGAGCUGUGCCGGGGGUCGGACCUGUGCGAGGUGGCCUUCAGCGUCCUCUACAGGAAGAGUGGCGUUGUGAACUGUCUGCGGGUUCGUGUCGAGGUGAUGGACCAGAAUGACCACAGUCCCAGCUUCCCCAGCUCCGUCCAGGAAGUGGAGAUCUCAGAGACAGCUGGCCUCAGGAUGCGAAUCCCUUUGGACCGGGCGGUGGAUCCUGAUGCAGGGCCCAACGGCCUCCAGACCUACUCACUGUCCGUCAACCAACACUUUGCUCUGGAUGUGACAGUCGCUCCAGGUGGGACGAAACAGGCGGAGCUGGUGGUGAUUAAAGAACUGGACAGGGAGGUUCAGGACUCAUUUGACCUCACGCUGGUGGCAUGGGAUAAAGGGAACCCUCCCAGGUCUGGAAGCACAUUAGUCCGUGUUAAUAUUCAAGACUCAAAUGAUAACAGCCCAGCGUUUGAGGACAGCACCCCCACGGUGGAGCUACCUGAGGAUACAGCCCGUGGGACAACCAUCAUCAACCUCAAGGCCACUGACCCGGACCAAGGUGCCAACGGAGAGGUGGAGUAUUCCCUCAGUAAGCACACACGGUCGGAGGUUCAGAAGUUUUUUUUUGUGGAUCCACAAACUGGAGCUGUGAGUCUCAAAGCACAACUGGACUAUGAGCUUCAAGCCUCUUAUGAAGUGAUCGUACAGGCCCGUGAUCGUGGGCCCAAUGCGAUCCCAACGCACUGCAAACUGCAUGUCAAGCUCAGAGAUGUAAACGAUAACGCACCAAGGAUACACAUGACCUGGACUCCGCCCAACUCACCUGUGGCGACUGUGCUGGAAGGAGCGGCAGAAGACACCUUCCUCGCUCUGGUGAUGGUCUCUGAUGCCGAUUCAGGAGAAAACGGCAAAGUGACAGCACACAUUCAGGAAGGAUCCGGCCCUUUCCGCCUUAAACGUAUCCACGGCGACAAUUACAUGAUUGUCACCAAUGGCAGCCUGGAUCGAGAGAAGGUAAUGGAGUAUGACAUCACGCUCGUCGCCCAGGAUUAUGGAGAUCCUCCUCUGUCUUGUGUUAAACACCUGCCUGUCCACGUCCUGGACGAGAACGACAACGCCCCUGUGUUCUCUAGCGCCCUCUACAAGGCGUCCUUUCAGGAAAAUAACAUUGCAGGCUACCACGCUCUCAAAGUUGAAGCCCACGAUGUCGACCUGGAGCUCAGCGGACGAGUGUCCUACUUCAUACGCAACUUAAACGAAGUGGAAACUAACGCAGAGUCCUUCUCCAUCCACCCGACCAGCGGUGUCAUAAGCGUCCAGCGUCCUCUGGACUACGAGGAAUUCCACAACUUCUCUUUCAUCGUGGAGGCCGUCGAUCAGGGUCAUCCGCCUCUCACCAGCACAGCCACCGUGCAAAUUGACAUUCAGGAUGUGAACGACAACAGCCCAGUCAUCAAGGAGCCAAAACCAAGGAAGGGCGUGGCUUCUCUGAGCGUACCUGUCAACGCAGACAAAGGGGAGAUUGUGACCGAACUGGGGAAUGACAUGGAAGAGGAAUCCACCACUUUGCUGAUCAAUCACUCAGCGAGAGAGGGACUUGUUGGAUUCCUUGCAUCCACCAUCAAGGCCGAAGACCCAGACUCUGGGCUGAGUGGACAACUCAGCUAUCUCAUCACUGACGGCAACCCUAGUGGAUUGUUCUGGUUGGACCAGGCUACAGGCCAGUUGUUUGUUAACACCACCAACGCCACUGAGCUAAUUGGGAAAACCUUUAAGGUGAACAUUGCUGUGUCCGACAUGGGCAGUCCCAGCCUGACCACCGAGGCGACUCUGGAGGUGACGUUUAUCAAUCUCAAAGACCAUCUGAAGAACUCGUCACCUGGCAACCGUGGACAGCUCAGCUUCACCAUGAUGAUGGCGAUCUGCCUGGGCGCCACUUGCCUGCUGCUUCUGUUGGCCGUCGCUUUGGUGACGACGUUCUGCCGCCCGGAGAAACGAGACAACCGGGCUUACAACUGCAGACAGGCCGAAUCCACGUACACCCGCCACCCACGGCGUCCACAGAAGAACAUAAGGAAAUCUGACAUCCAGCUGAUUCCCGUCAUCAGAGGGCGAAAGGAGGAGCCUCCUGAGGAUGAUAGUGAAGAACAGCCACUGGCUCCAUCUCCAAUGAUGUCAGAGGAUCAACAAACUGAGAGACAGUACACCUUAACGCCAUCAGUCAUGAAUACAAGCUUCCAUUCCCAAGGCUACCCAGAAGGGGAUGCCACUCAACCCGUCACACACUACAGCAGAACGCUUCGGAAACCCGGAAACAUCGAAUUUGACGGCGCUUUGCCUCUGACGCCCGCCACGUCGUACCGGACUCUUCGGAAAGCCAGGAACCCUUCGUCGUCCUCUUCGGCCUCACAUUCGAGCACCUUGAAGCGUCAGCCACGCACCAAAGGGGAAGAAGCAGAACCGCUGUGUUCAGCAUCCCAGGCGACUCUCCGGAGGCCGAAAACCUCGGAGGGCCGAGGUGGACGUGACGCAGAACAUCGGCAGAUGCUUCGAAACCUGGUUCGACUGUCCAUGGCUGCGUUUGGAGACUCCAUCGAGCUUUCCUCUGCUUCCCCAGAAGUUCAGCAGAUCUCCCAGCUCCUCUCUCUCCUCCGGCAGGGUCAGCUGCAGCCGAGGCCAAACUUCAGAGGCAACAAAUACUCUCAUCGCAACGGCAGAUACGGCGGCCAGGACUGUUCUGAUUGGCAGAGCACCAAAGACAGUGGACACGGUGAGAGCGAGGCCGGAGACGUGGACUGGGAACCGGGAAGAGACUCGCCCAUAGACCCACAGCUGGAAGAGGGACUCAACAACCUGCUCAACAACGCCGAUGACGUCUUCGCCGAGGUCAAUGAUCCAGCCUGGAUGGCCAGACUCUCUCUCCCACUCACCGCCGAUUACCACGAUAACGUCUUUGUCCCCAACGGGCCUCCGUCACCUGAAAGUGAGCUCCUUCCCAGGGACCCCCUGGACUCCUCAUCCUUCUCCACCUUCGGUAAAACUCCAGAGAAGGACGGCCCACUGGGCGGAGCCCUCCUGUCCGAGGUCAGCACUCUGUUCGAGAUGUUGAUGACGCAGAAGGCCGACACCCACCCCGGCCCGCGGCCCGACGUCCUGUACCGACUCUCUGCGGCGUACCGGCGCUCACUGGGACUAGACGGCAACGCCACGACUGCUGCCGCUGGCAACGCACCAAGGAACUCUGGGAGCUCCUCUGAGAAGAGGUCAGGUCUGGCUCCACCCUCAGGACUUUAUCAAUAAGUCUGUUCGCUGAACACUGGAAAAGACUGGACGCUGAGUGACACAGCUCAGACCGAGAAGUUACAGAAAAUGUGUUUAAGUUUCUGUGUUUGGGGAGUUUGUUGUGAUUUUAGAGGCAUUACAUGAUAAAUAUGAUUUAAUAUGAUGAGUUCAGGUGUAAAUAAUGUCACGAUAAAGUGUUUUUUGUAGACGUUAAAUAUAACAGAUGUGUCACUUUCAACAUUUCUGUGCCAAUAAGAAGACUGAAGGCCUGAAGAUGCAUUCGGCAUAACAUGAAUUCGACUGCUUGGGUCCUUUUUUUAGUCCAUUCGCCCAAGCAGUGUGAUGCAGAUUGGGGAUGAAACAUUAAUAAAAUAUCCUGGCAUCGCUGUCUAGACAUGGAGGAGUUGUGGCGUCCCAAACAAU